AUGGCCGCCGUCUCGGAGCUGGAGGAGGAGGAGGAGCCGCCCGAGGAGAAGAGCAAUGCGGCGGCGGUUCUUGCGUUGUCCCCUGUCCCCUGGCUGGCUGCCGUGGCGGAGCGUGGCUCUCGGGGGAGGACCGACGACAGCUUCGUGGCGACCCCUCUCCCCGACUUCGAGCGGGAGGUCAUGUCCCUCGCGGCGUGCGGCGGCCACCCUUCCGUCGUCCAGCUCCUGGCCGCGUACGCCGACUACAGCCGUGCCGACGGCGACUGCUUCGUCGUCACGGAGUACGCUGGGCCCAUGAACCUGCGCCAGUACGUCCGGCGCCUUAACGGCCAGCCGUUCGACGAGGACGAAGUGCGCGACGUCAUGGAGCAGCUCCUCGCCGGCACGAGGCAUGCGCACAUGGCGGGCGUCCUGCACAGGGACAUCGUCCCGGAGAACGUGAUCGUCGACAUGGACGCCGCGAGCGGCAGGAUGGUGUACAAGAUAUGUGGCUUCGGCAUGUCGAAGCCGGCGGCGCAGGCGGACAGGGACGACUCCGGGCCGCUGGCGUCCGCCAGCCCGUACCGCGCGCCGGAGCUUUUCCUGGGAUCCAAGGACUAUGACGGCCGGGUCGACACGUGGUCGCUCGGCUGCAUCAUGGCCGAGCUCGUCGCCGGUAACGGCGUGCCUUUCUCCGGCGCGCCGGACGGCGAGGUCUUCAAAAAGAUGCUGCAAAGUGGUUGGCACAGAGGGCAUCAUCGAGUGGCAGGGGCUGGAGCGCGUGGUGCCGGCCGAAAAGGUGGCCUUCCUUCGAAAGAUGGUCAGCGAGGAGGGCGGUCACCUGCAGCUGCCGGAGGUUCUGUCUCCGGCUGGGUUCAAGGUUUUGGUAGGACUGCCGGAUAG